AUGCGAAGAGGGGUCGAGAUAGGAACCACAGGUUACGCCACUACCGCAAUCACUCUUGUAGAGGCUGCGGAGGGUGGCGACACCGGUGUGGUCACCGUUAAUGUUGUCUUCGGUGAAGUAAUCCAACAUUUUGAAAAGGGAAGCAUCACUGCUUUUACCGUGCAACUGACCCUCGAAGGCAGAGAGAACAAAAGCAGAAUAAAAACGUGGUGUGAGGAGGUAGGUGGGGAUGGUGGUAACGAAUUCAAUAGAUUCUUUGUCUGUACCCAAGUACUUCUUGAUACCACUGGGGUUGUUACUCAAUUGUUGAAAUACUUGGGUGUAGGGAAGGGCCAUGAGCCAGUAGAGCAUUUCCCGGAUGGUGGUUGGGACAUGGGUACAGUCUUUCUGUUGGGUUUGUUGGUAUUGAAAAUAGUAUGUUGA